AUGGGUCCCUGGAGUGGCCCCCUUUGUCGGCCGCCGAUAUCUCGGCACAGGUGUCGGCCGCCACCUCAUUCCUGCCGGCGGGCCUAUACUUAUGCUAUCGCUGUCAGGUGGACGUUCUGGCCCAGGGGCAGCGACGAUUUGAUUCAACGCACCGGGGAGCCCGCCCUGCAACUGCCGCCAGCAUCUGCCGGCGGGGGUGUCUUCUGCGGCCCGGGUCGGAGGUCGCAGGGUGGAGCGGAUUGUGGACCCCGUUCGCUAAGAGCUCGCAGUAGCGACCAUAAAGGAGACCCAGCUGACUGAAACAAAUCUGAUCGAAGACAAGCUAUCACUUUUUAUUUUCGCACUCCAAGGCCGGCCACGUGUUCACGCAGUUAGUUUCUUUUUCCAUCCUCAGGCGAUGUCAUUUAUCAACUGGAGCAAGUUCACGGCCGUUUGUCUCUACAUCUCCUCUCCGAUUCUGCCCAUCUUCCUUCUUAUCAGGAAAUGUCUGGACUUGGAAUAAAUAUUCAACAUCUAAUAUUUUUUUUUUCGUUCGACAUGUCACAACAGGAGGCUCAUACAUUAUGCAAUAGAAAAGGAUAAAACGAGAUUCGAAUUAUCGGAGUACUGAACCCUCCGAAGUCAUCACCCCCUUCAUAAACGAGGAGGCAAACAGUCGUUUACAUUUAUGGGAUGCGAUAGCACAGUAAACAAUAUACUAAAAUCGUUUUAUUAUUUCUUAUUCAUUAGGAAGAUAGUCAUAUAUUUAACUAAAUAUAUAAAUUUUUUUUUUUUGUUAGCAUUACAGAUCUUGUAGAUCGUUUCCCGACUUAACAAGCCUGCUCCAUCUCUACCUAUUUUGGGCUAUUUCUUUCCAUUUAUCUGCACUCAGCUCUAUGGCAUCAUUGUUGAUUCUAUCUAUCAAUCUGCUUUUUGGCUUUUCGAGUGGUCUUUUGCCUUCUAUAAAGCCAUUCAUUGUUAAAGUCUUCCAGAUGGAUUGCUCCAAGCUACAUACUGCAUCCAUCUUAACCUCCGUGUCAUCAAACAUUGAUUGAUCAGUUUCAGUAAGCAGCUCCUUAUUUUUCUUAUUCAUCUGUAAUCUGAUCCCAGAUCACUCUGGUUAUCGUGCGGAGUAUUUUUCUCUCAAAUCUUUAAAUAACUUUUUCCAGAGAGCUGGUUAGUGUCCAGAUCUCACAGCCAUAUAUUAGCAUUGUAUAUACUUUUUUUUUUUUUU